AUGUCAUCUCCGCCCAACCCUCAAUUACCUUCUGAAACCACUACCCUCCGUGAAGAUACCCCGCCCGAAAAUCACGCUUCUUCUGGCAAUCCACUCGAGCUGACAAGAGUCGCUACUACCUUCCCUGCUUCAGCACAUGAUACGAACACAUCUAAUAAUCAUGUCGAUGAUGGACCGCAGCGGUAUAUAAUGUUAAGAUCAAGUUCGGAAAUAUCACUUCAUUCUUCCUACUCUCAAGCGAUGGAAGGUGCGCCUACCCCUCGAGGCUCUCCUUACCCCUCAACUGAUUAUGACCUUCUUCGCGGAUAUCUGGAAGACAUGAGACCACCGUUGCCCAGGAGAUCCAUCUCAACUCCUCCCUACUCACAACGAAAUACUGCCUCACAGUUACGUGAGUACGGCGAAACUCGUCAAGCAAUCGCUACACCACAUGGUUAUCCAGAAAUUCACCACACACCCAAUCAAUGUGCUCUUGCCAGAUUUUUGGAAGAAGAUGACGGUCAAGAAUACACUGAAAGUUAUCACUUUAGAAUGCAAGAGAUACUACAAAAUCAUGCUGAGGCUCAUGAACAAGCUCAUCAACUCCCCCAGACGUAUGACCGAUAUGCUUCUCAAGAAAGUGAUCAUGGUACACCUAGUCCCGCUCCUGCUCCUGAAGUUCGCCAACCUCCAGAUGUACCUCGUACACCUAGCUCAAGAGGUAGAUCCCCCACAAUAUCAGCGCUUGGUGUCACCCCUCCAAAACUUGACUCGGACAGACCGGUACCUAGUGGACCGACAUCUCCAGAAAUCGAAAAUCAUGAGAUACUCAGAUUAAGAGGCGGUGGACUCGAUAUUGAUCAAGAAGAUGACAAGAGUUUUUCAGCAGAUGAUCUAAGCGCUGAAGACACAAUGGAUCAAUCAUGGCACUCUUGCUCGGAGAAGAACCAUACCACAACCGAUCCGAUCUGGGACUACCCCGGUGAAGAAUACGUACACCUCUGCUGUUCUAUACUUCUGGCACCGAUUGGCUGUUUCAAGUUGUUACGGCUUUGUUACAACGCUACAUGUGCUUUCCCUGGGAAAAGGAUCAGCAAGAGAGAGAAAUAUAAGCACAAGUGGUAUAAAUUCAAGAACAGGUUCAAGCUUGGUAGCGAUAUAGAAACGCUCAGGCUUAGAGGUGGUAGUAGUCAUCAAAGACGACCGGACCUGCUCAGGCAAAGUGGUACCGUCCGUGGGUAUAGUACAGUUGGUUCACGCCACAGUGCCUCUGGAUGGUAUCGAAAGCCAUUGUCUAUUAUCAGCCGAAAUACCCGUAAGGCUUUCGAAUAUAUUGUACUCUCCAGAAACAGACGGAGACAAACAGCACCAAACAGUUUCGGUAGUGGAUAUCGAGGAUCUGGUCAACUUCGCAACAGUGAUGAGGUACCACUUCAACAAUCUCCUGUACUCGAGCUUCAAAUUGUCGAUAUAUCUCCCAGCACCUCUGUUUCUUCGGAUGAUACUAUCAUUGGCAGUCAAGUGGAGAUUGUUCAAGGAUAUCGCCUCUCCAAUAUCUAUGCUAGCUCACCUAUGAUCACAUAUCACGAUCAUGCAAAUCAAGAUUCCCCAGAGGUCACUACUCCAUACGGUCGACCUGCUACCGUUUAUCACGGUAGCCCGGGUUUCGCACCCAGUCUGGACCCUACUGUUAUCGAGCUUCCAUACCGAGGUCCUAGCGCUGAUCAACCCCCACGCCCGCCUAAUCCUACCAACAUACCACCGUCACCAGCUGCACCCAUUGAUUAUCCUCCUGUUGGUCAUCGCCGAGCCGAAAGUGGGGAUGGAAAGCCUCAAUCCAGGUGGAGCUCAGCUAUGCAACGUGCGAGGUUCUCAGAUACCGGUAAACCUAGGCCUGAUUCCAAGCCCAUCCGUGACACUCACAGUCAUUUAUUACGACCACAAGCUAAGUCAACAGCUUCCGCUCCUGCUAUCAUCACCCAUCCACCUCCACAACAGCCUGAGCCACCGAAGCGUUCUCCCAGCACUUCUCAGACAGGUUUUAGAUUUUGGAUUCGGUCUCUUCCGCUUCGAAUCCCAAUCAGCGUCCCUAUGAAACGAAACAUAUCUACCCCUUAUUUGGGUCCUCCAGAUAGACCAUACAGCAGGACUUUUGGACAGCGGGUCUGUCCCUGUGUAAAAGCACAGGAAGAGAAGGCUCAAGAAGUACUCAGUAAUCUCGGAGGGACGAAUCCGCCGCAAGGGGAAGUCCCAGGUGAAGAUCGUUCUCAUGGAAGUGUCAUUAUUUCCAGUGAGGAAGACAUUUCACCUGAAGAGCAACCUCAGGAGGAGUCUAGGACAGGAAUUAAAGGAAAAGGUAAAGCCAAGAUGCCGGAACUCGUUGCUGGUGCAGGUGAAGACAGGAAAGCAGGAAAUAGUCCAAAAAAGAAAUAUGAAGACAUAUCUCCAAUCGGUGAUCGCGCAAUCGGAGGAUGGAUGUCGGAUGAAUCCACAGAAGAACAAACUGCCCCUGCAGUAACUUUGAUUCGACCUGAAGCCACCAUCAAAUCUUCGAGUGGCUCUUCCGAAAGGCUGUCAUCCCUCAAACCACCUCCACGAUCUCGACCUAAUUCAAGGGGUCAACCGGUCAGACCAGAAUCUACGACCAUUCCCGAGGAAAUCGCUACUACUCGUCCUACCAUAGAGACAUCGGAACGGGAGCCUGAAUCGACAGGGAUGGCUCUUUCUGGAUCCGGCAACAGUGGUCGAACUUUCGGCCCCGGUGUCAAAACCCCCGGUACCGGUGAAGAUGACGUCCCACCUCCUCUUCCGAUCGCGCCCCGAACAGAUGAAGGGAUGCUUGGCCAUGUUGAACGUCCUAGUGGUCAGCCUGGUGCCGGAGCUAUACAAGAUCCUAACCAAGAGGAACAUACAGAGGAGAGUAUGUUCAGCGCCGCUAUCGGUGCUGUUUUUGGCUCCACUUACACAGCUCCUGGGUAUGAGAUAUCCGCCUCGAACGAUGCUGAGCGGACUUCAGAGAAAGAAACAAACGUUGAGGGGAAGGAGCCAGAGCAUGGCGGCGACGAGCAAGAGCACAUAGAAGGGGCGGCUGCGUCUGGUCCCUCAGAGGGUUCAAGGGAUCAGACUAUGCCUUCAGCAGAUACUGCCAGCUUACGCCUUUCCUCCGCCGCAUCUACUAGUUCACCAAUCUCAAGCACCACUCAAAAGCCAGCGCAUCAAGCUACAACCGAAGGUUGCGACUACUCGGCAGAGAGCACCGGUCUCGAAUCAACUUUUGAUCCCCCUACUCCUGCUUUUCAAGGUACAAGACUUCCUACGUCCCUCUCGGUCAUUACCGAACUUUCGAUGGAAGGUAAGGUUUCUUCCGAGCAUCAGCGUCCAGCAAGCCGUUCAAUGGGAAGCUCUGGUGUUUCCGCUACAGCCUCUGCUAGUGGUCAACCCGCCAGGACACCUCGUGAAGCUGGAAGAAGAGGAGAACUAAGUAGGAAUGUCUCAGGUACAAGAGAGACUGUCGAGCAAGAUACAGAUGGAGGAUCCGAAUCCUCUCAUGAAAAUCAACUUCGUACCCCCAAAAUGGUUGAUCUGUUGAACUAUGACGAUCUCGUCGCCAGACUUCUGAGGGAUUCAUGUGGUGAUGUGCCAAAGCAGUACGCCGAUAUAGACUCGGAUCAGAGGAGUCUCACUCAUUCAUAUGUCUUUUCUAAUGAGGAAGGUCCUCCGAUUCCCGUACCUUACUCGGCACACCAACCUCCACUGCCUCCCAGAGACAUACAAACUUGGACUGGUCAAAUCCCUCCUUACUUAGGUGUACCUGAACCACCUCUCACUCCUGGACAGACAACCAUACCCGAUCAACCUACUCCACGACUAAGCCCACAACCUUUUGUAAGAGUCAAACAUAGAUGGUGGAAGAAGAUAGUGGCCGGGGUCAAGAGAAGAUUUGGGAUACCUGUCAGACCAGAAAAGAAGAAGCGAUAUUGA